AUGAACGAAGAGCCUGAAAAAUACCCACCAAACAUACAAAAAUUGUUCCAAGCAAAACCACCAUUCCCACAUUUUGAACCUACAGAUUAUCCACCUGAAAAACGAAGAACAGCGUCGAUAAGUCCAAUAUCAUCAAUAAAAGAAGUAAUUAAUGAAUAUCUUAUUUCAGAACUACCGAAUCAUGAAGAUAAACUGUCAUCGAAAUCAAAAAAGUCUUUGAGAAUAAUCAAGCAUAAACAAAAACAAGAGGAAGCUAAAAUUAGAAAAACGGCAAAGCAAAAGGAAUUUCAAAGACAAUUGGAUGAAUGGAAUGAUCCUGCUGUCUUUGCCAAAUUAGAACGUGAAUUUAUGAAGGAUCCCCUCUGCACAGUAUUUAUAGCCAGGUUGGAUUACAAUUUGACUGAAUUAGAUAUAUCCAAAGCGUUUGCUAAAUAUGGCAUGAUUGAGUCAAUUAGAAUUAUCAGGGAUCAAAAUGGGAAAUCUAGAGGAUACGGCUUCAUUGUGUAUGAAAGAAACACAGACGCUCAAAGUUGUGUAGAUGAGUUGUGUCGUUCUGGAUUAAAACUAGGAAAUAGAACAAUAUUGGUAGAUAUGGAAAGAAGUCGAGUCUUAAAGAAUUGGAAGCCAAGAAGAUUGGGUGGUGGACAAGGAGGCAGAGGUUACAUGAAAGAAGGCAGAGUACUGUCAGCUGCUGCCAGUGGUAGAAGAACUUACAUUGCCAAUAAUCCAAGUUUUGGUCAACAACCUCCAUCUCAACAAUACCAAUCUAGAUCGCACCAAUCACUAUAUCAGAGCGCAUCACAUCAUCACAGCAAUAGUUAUCAACUGUAUCCCUACCAUCAGCAAUAUCAACCGAGAUCAUCUACAAGUGCAAGAACAUCAGCUGGUGACGCAAGAGCUGCUCCAACAUCUAUUAGAGAUAAAUAUGCUAAAUAUUCGUUGAAUGGCUCAACAGCAAGUGAUAGUCAACCAUAUUCUUACAAGUCUGAAAAUAACGAUAGAUCUAUAAGGAAUAUCAGGAGAAACGAUUAG